AUGCAAAAGAACGUGCGCGAGCUCGAUACGGAACGGCGUAGCCGCAACACGACCGAGGACAACGAAGCGGUCGUCUGUGACGCCGGCUCGUCAUUUGUCCGAGAGGCACGAGACCGGGAUUGUUUUGCUCUUUCUGCACCUUACACAGCUCUCGCGUCGCCCGCUCGUCGUACCUCGAACGAAAGAUGGUCCCAACGCAUGGCCCAACGCAUGGCCCAAGAAGCCAAGUGCCCCAUGAAAGACUUGCGACGCUUCAACAGCCGCAGAUUGCGCGAGGCCAAGCACCUCGUUGUGUGCACGGACGAGCUCCUCGUGACGACCACCUGGCGCCGCAAUCGACGUCUUGGCCGUCGCCGAGGGGCUCGGUAA